GCAACUAUACUGCGCAUGCGCACUCCUAACGGCUUAGGCGUGCUCAGUCUCGCGCAGCUUGCCGAGGCACAGUCGGGGUUAUAGCAACAGAAAAGAUCAUCAUCAGACACAACGGGACGGCACAGAGAGGAACACUGUCGCACUUCAGUCUUUCUAUAACGUGGUCCACCACAACCUGAUUGAACAGUUCAGACCGAACACAUACACAGCACAGAGAUAUCUACUGAAGUUAACAUGCUAACGAGCUAGCUCCGGCCCGUACUGUCUACUUUGUCCCCCCACGAGGAGGAUGGCGGUGAAUGUCUACUCCACAUCUAUGACCAUAGAGAACCUAAGUCGUCAUGACAUGUUGGCAUGGGUCAACGACUCUCUACAGCUCAACUACACAAAGAUCGAGCAGCUCGGUUCAGGUUUUGCUUACUGUCAGUUCAUGGACAUGCUGUUUCCAGGGUGCAUAUUGUUGAAGAAAGUCAAAUUCAACGCUAAAUUGGAACAUGAAUACAUCCACAAUUUCAAGGUCUUACAGGCUUCAUUCAAGAGAAUGAGUGUGGACAAGAUCAUCCCUGUAGAGAGGCUGGUAAAGGGGAAGUUCCAGGACAACUUUGAGUUCCUUCAGUGGUUUAAGAAGUUUUUUGAUGCCAACUAUGAUGGGAAAGAAUACGACCCUGUACUGACACGGCAGGGCCAGGAGGGAACGCCACCUCCACCUAACCCAGGCCCCAUGAGAACAUCUCCCACAGUACCAAAGACUGUUCACGCCCCUCCGAGGCAAAUCAACUUAGCACCAGCCCGCAGGACCAUUCCCAUGGCCCGCAACGGAGGAGACGCUGAGCUCAUGGAGCUCAACCAGCAGGUGCUCGACCUGAAGCUGACUGUAGAGGGACUGGAGAAGGAGAGGGACUUCUACUUCGGAAAACUGAGGGACAUCGAGCUCAUCUGUCAGGAACACGAAAAUGAUAAUAGCCCAGCCCUCAGCAAAAUCAUGGAUACACUGUACGCUACAGAGGAGGGAUUUGCACCACCAGAGGACGAAGAUAUUGACGAAGGAGCACAAGGAGACCAGGACGAGUUCUGAACUCUUCUUCCUCUCUUUAUCACCUUCAUCAGCCUGCCCCCACUUCUUACCCUUUAAUCUACCCAAUCAUUAUUGUCAUAAUCCCCCCUUUAUUUGAUUUUUUUUUUACACUCCCCCUUUACUUCUCCCAUCUUGUCUGCGGCUGUACAUUUCCUUACUAGCAAAAGACACUAAACCCAGACCUGUCUGGACCCAGCAACCUG